GCCCCGUCAGAUUCCAUGAAAACAAGGGUUAAUGCUUGAGCUUACUAUGUACACUACACGAGUCUAGCAUAAGUUAGGUCUUUAGGUUAGUCAAUCUUCAGCAUUUCAAGCUAUAAUGGGCGGCGCGACUGCUUGGGUAUCGACAGAUAGUUAUUCCCGGCUCUUCUCAUUCCAGUAAAUAUUCCCACGGCGGAUUAGAUGCUCAACUAUAGCAAUUGUGACUGGGAGGGCGAUUCCAGAAUACCGCCACUAACCCCCGACAAUACCAAUCAUUCAGCUAGUAUCCUAUAUCCCGAGAACAGAAGAAAACGCCCGCGGCUUUUUACCGAUCAAGAUGAUCAAUCCGACCCUCCUCAGGCGGCGUGCGGCCAGUGUCGGCUCCGUAAAGUUCGAUGUGAUCGCCUCCAGCCGAAGUGUUCCCAGUGUCGCAAAGGUGACCUCGAAUGCCACACGUCGAAUAUAGCCAAACGUAUAAAUCAUGUGAAAUCAUUGCGUAAUGACUUCUCCAACGUGAUGAGCCGGCUCAAUGACGUGGCUCACGCUUUGGAUACCCUCACCGAAAUAACUCUCCAGGGUACCUCAAAGCCUUAUUCAAAUACUGUAAACACAUUUCCACCUCCUAAUUAUCAUAGCCAUGAAAAUCCAGGCACUCUACCGCCAGUAGCAUCGGGAUUUGUUCAUCAUCUGCGGUUCUCCAGUCAGGAUAGGGGCCCUGUACGUGCAUUUUACAAGCCCUUAAUUGAGACAGUCAAACUGGAUCAUGGCGGCGAGCGCCUAUAUAGCUACCCAGCUCCUAUCGUUCUGAUUAUGACGGUAUUCCGCCAAGCAGAAGAGGCCCUUGCCUACUCAGAACAGCCAAAUGAUGAUCAAUGGAGUGAAAACCCGCAUCAAGGUCGUAAGAUACAUGAUCCUGUUGUGAAAGCCACACUGCAGCGGAAGCUUCAAGAAUUUCCCUUUGGCUCAUCAUAUCGAGAGUUUGGUAUAUCUAGUGACAUGAAGCCCCUCACUACACCUCCUCGCUUGAUGGCGAAUCUCUUCGUCGACGGCUAUCUCAGAAAUAUCAACACGCGGACACCUAUCUUCGACGACGGAAACCUACAUCAAAUCAUAACUUCUUAUUAUAGCGAUGAAACACUGCAGUGCAGUGAAGCGUACUCUCUAAUCAUCAAUAACUUUAUUCUUCUAGAGCUCGGCCUAGAGAUUAAAGCUAGUCGCGGCUUCCGAUCAGCUUCACAUUUACUCCACGACGAUAUACUACCUUCAUUCCUCAAAAACUGUAAUCGGGCCAUCACCAGACUGGACGAUUUCAAGACCCCUACUAUCAUUAGCCUUCAAGCACUAAUGACUUUGACACUAGUUGCCGAGGAGUUCUACAGCAAUAUUACAGCUGAAAGAGUGUGUCAGGCGGCGUGUCAACUUGGACGUAUAAUGGGAAUUCACCUUUCGAAUGACGACCACCAAGACACUAGAAUCGGUACAACGGAUGUACGAGGCAGGCUAUUUCGAAUUCUAUAUGCCAUGGACAAAGUACGUGUUUCCAUGACAGGCCAACCGUGUGACCUGUAUCUGUUCGAUUCGGAUCACUAUUUUGGCCCUGAAAGCAAACAUUCAGGCGAGGAAUUUUCCAUCAGUGACGCGUUCGACCACUUAAUGACCAUUUGGGAGGAUAUUUACCUCAACCUCUACACUCCAAGGACAGCCCGAUUCGAUUCAGAUAAACGUCUUGCACAGAUGCGCCUCUUGACCAGCUCUAUCGACAGGUUUGCACAGACCCAUGCAAGACUACUGGUCCCAUCUAUACCGGACGACACAAUAGAUCAAGGUCCACUGCGGAUUGAACUGCUGUACGGAUACCAAGUGUCACAAAUCCUCAUUCUCCGGUGUGGCCAGCAAGACGAGCCGAACUUAAGCACCAUGCUCAAUCUUUGCCGCUCUAGCCUCAAACUGAUCAACAGAGUCUGCGCCGUACCUUUGACUAUAACCCGGUUAGCAUUGCUAUCUCGGAUGUUUCGGAGGUACCCAGUAGUAGCUUAUGCCGAGCUUGUUACAUUCCACCUCAGCAGCCACUCCCCGGGUCGUGAAUACAAUACAAUUGCACUGUCCGACAUUGCUCUUCUCCGGGAGGUGAACAAGAAAUACAAACUCCUGCAGUUUGAUAAUUUAACGUGCACAUUCUAUGCUCGUCGAAUGGAUAGCUUUGUUUGGGCGCUAGAGAUACUUGAAACAGUCACAGAGGCUCUUGCUAGGCCGUCGUCCCUCAGCCCUGAGAGGCAGCAGGAUAACUUCUUUGAGCAAAUCGACUAUAACAAUAAUACUAUUGAACACCAAUUAUCAUACAAUGAUGCACUAGAUGUACCGCACGUGGGCAGUGUCGCAAGCGGAGAGAACCAAUAUCUCGAGCAGCAGCUUGUACUACCUUCCCACAACGAGAACAGCUUAUCCACCCAGAACAGCAGCACUGAACCUGGCGAAAUGGCAAUAUUCGGCGUUCUCAGACAGGAAAUAGAGCAGACGCAACUCAUACCCGAGACCAACUCUCUGACUUGUCAUCUGAGUGACGUCACGGCUUUUGGUGCUUCACAAUCACAAUUAGAACUUGCGCCAGGGCAGUUGUCGAUGGAUUCUGACUGGAUCAACUUUUAUUCCAGCUUUAUGCAGGAAGCAUAUGCACCGGCAAGCAGAUGUGACUGAGCCGCGGCAGGUAGUGAAAGGCAGACCUGUAGGCAGCAAAGGACUCUAUACCUUCAUUUCGCCCACGUUGGAAUACACUGGAUGAAGUCACAGCAGGGUUCAUGGGGUAAUUGAUACUAAUCAGAGAAAAAUAUGAGGCCUCAUAGUCUCGAACGUCAAAAACGACGCUGUUAGACGUUCGAGCAGCCCAACGAUUAUUAUAUAGCCCCAGCUACGUUCAACACAUAGAGCCGCACAAUCAGCUAUCAACCGUCCUCUACUACAACAGCGCGCAUUAUUAUGAAAAUGUUUGCGAGCCGACCCCUCUGUAUAUUUGUAUUUAUAACUGGAAGGAGAGAUGGAUGAGCAAGGCACAGUGAUGCUAUUAUGAAAUUACGCAUUUAGCGUAGCGCUUGAUGUGUGAGAGAUCG